AUGCUACUCCUCCUCCCCUCCUGUUUUUUUAUUCAUUAAAUUAUACAUUUAUCUAUCUUAAACAGUUGCUCAGAGAAUAGAUCGUACAAUUAAAAAAAUAUGACGUAGUGGUCCUCUUUUUAUUUUUGUUUUUUUCUUUUUUGAGAUGGAUGGUACUUUCCUCCUUAUCACUCAAAAAGGCUCAAACAGUAUAAAUUCCGAGGAUACAGCACAAAUUCAGCAAAAAGUAAGUGAGAUAAAUACCGGAGAUAGAGAGAGAAAGGGGAGAUGGGGUUCACAGAGAAACAAGAAGCUAUGGUGAAGGAUUCUUGGGAAAUCAUGAAGAAAAAUAUUCCUCAACUCAGUCUUCGUUUCUUCUCCUUGAUCUUGGAGAUAGCACCAGCAGCAAAGAACAUGUUCUCAUUCUUGAAGGAUUCGAACGAAAUUCCUCAGAACAAUCCUAAACUUAAAGCCCACGCUGUUAAAGUUUUCAAGAUGACAUGUGAAUCGGCCAUUCAACUGCGGGAGAAGGGUGAAGUGGUGGUUGGUGAGACUACGCUCAAGUACUUGGGAUCCGUCCAUCUCCAAAAGGGAGUUAUUGACCCCCACUUUGAGGUAGUAAAAGAAGCAUUGUUGAGAACAGUGAAAGAAGCAAUGGGAGAGAAAUGGAGCGAAGAGAUGAAAGAAGCAUUGGGUGAAGCCUACGACCAGUUGGCUGCUGCCAUUAAAGCUGAGAUGCACGCUGAGGCUGCUGCUGCCUAGGCCUACUAGCGUUCAUGUUCUGUUUUUCUUAUGUACGUGUGGAUAUGUUAUAAUGAAGAAUCGUAAUUAACUUUCCCUUCCAAAAAUGAAUAAAAGGGUGUGCUUGAUCAUA